UGGGAUCCCCCUCCCAGAAGAUGUUAUUGUCUGUUAUAUUAUGUAUAUGUAUUGAUUAAUUGAGGAGCCCAGAUAGAUCCAUUAAGGAGUCAGUCUCUUUCUCCGUCUCUCUUCAUUCCCACCACCAUGGGAAGCCUUUCCUGUAUUCAACUUUUACAUCACACUCCCGUAUUAUUUAGUAGAAGCAACAUUAGUACUGCCUUGAAGUCUGGCCGUAUUCAGAGAAACAAAUAUUCGACGAAUCUUUCCUAUCCCAGCGUUGCCAGCUUCACUUCCUCAUCCUUCCUUAAAAUAAGUUGCUCUGCGACUCUAUCAGUAACGUCAGAAGUAGAACAGCGAAGAUUUGACGUGGAUGAAGCAAACUUACUAAUCAAGGAACUUCAAGGAGUAUUCAAUUCUGGAAAAACAAGGAGCUAUGAGUGGAGAAUUUCACAAUUACAAAGUAUAGCAAAGAUGCUUGAAGAAAAGGAGAAAGAUAUCACCGAAGCUCUACAUAAAGACCUUGCAAAGCCUUAUCUUGAAGCCUUCAUUUCAGAAAUUUCUACAACAAAAGGCUCGUGCAAACAUGCUCUACAAGAAUUGAAAGAGUGGAUGAAGCCAGAAAAGGUGAAAACUUCAAUUACAACUUAUCCAUCAACAGCAGAAAUUGUAUCAGAACCACUAGGAGUUGUGUUGGUCAUCUCAACUUGGAACUUUCCUUUCUUAUUAUCUCUUGAUCCGGUCAUUGGAGCUAUCUGUGCUGGCAAUGCGGUGGUUUUAAAGCCAUCAGAAAUUGCUCCAGCAACAUCCUCUUUGCUUGUUAAAUUGUUUGACCAAUACUUAGAUAACUCUGCUAUAAGAGUUGUUGAGGGGGCUGUUCCAGAAACAACUGCAUUGCUCCAACAAAAGUGGGAUAAAAUAUUAUAUACAGGUAGUGCGAGAGUGGGGCGAAUUGUGAUGGCUGCGGCUGCAAAACACCUCACACCAGUGAUUCUAGAACUUGGGGGGAAGUGCCCAGCUGUGGUGGAUUCGAAUAUCGACUUACAAGUUACUGCCAGGAGAAUAGUAACAGGCAAGUGGGCUUUGAAUAGUGGACAAGCUUGCAUAGCUGUAGAUUACAUCAUCACAACCAAAAGCUUUGCUCCUAAGUUGAUUGAUGCUCUAAAAAAUGGACUGAAGGAAUGUUUUGGUGAAAAUCCAAUGGAAUCAAAAGAUAUGUCACGUAUAGUUAGCAAAUCCCAAUUUGCACGUUUGGUGAAACUCUUAGAUGAAGAUAAGGUCUCAGAUAAAGUUAUACUUGGAGGUCAAAGGGAUGAAAACCAACUAAGGAUAGCACCAACUAUUUUAUUAGAUGUUCCACAAGAUACCGAGAUAAUGAAGGAGGAGAUAUUCGGGCCACUACUCCCUAUUAUCACGGUUGAGCAAUUAGAAGAGAGUUAUGAUAUCAUAAAAUCGAAACCGAAACCUCUUGUUGCAUAUCUUUUCACCAACAACGAUCAACUGAAGCAAGAUUAUGUGCAAAACAUAUCUUCAGGAGGAAUGUGCAUAAAUGAUACAGUCAUACAUCUUACGGUUCCUGGGUUACCUUUUGGAGGAGUGGAAGAGAGUGGGAUGGGUUCGUAUCAUGGUAAAUUCUCUUUCGAUGGUUUUAGUCACAAGAAGUCAGUUAUGUAUAGAAGUUUCGAUGGUGAUGCCUCUGUGAGGUACCCUCCAUACACACCUCAGAAACAAAGAUUGUUGAAGGCCUUGAUUAGUGGUAACUUGGUUAGAAUUAUCCAAGCUCUAAUUGGGUGGUCUACAGAUGAAGAGUAAUCAAGGCAUUCAAAUGAUGUUGAAUUGUCGUUAAGCUGUUUUGUAUGGAUUCUCAGUCAUUAGAAACUCACUCUAAUUUAGUAAAUAAAAGAUGGUAUGCAUAGUUGUUAUUCA